CAACAACAGCGAGUCCGUCACUUCAGUAGCUUGCUAGGCGACAUGGCCUAAACGUUCAAGCUUUUUAGACUGUUUCAGUGCAUAUUUGCCCAUGUGUUUUAUAGCUAGUUGACCCAUUUAUUUUCAUGUUUACGUUGUUAGUCAGGCAGAUGUCUUAAAUUUGCCUAUCGCUAGGCUAUUCGCUAAUGCUAACUAGCUAUUAUUCCCGACCAUGAGUUCACUAAGCUACUUUCCUCCUGCUAAAGAAGAGGAGGUCUGCUGGACGGAGAAAGAAGCUCUCGUGAAAGAGGAGGCGGAAGAGGAGGCUGUUACAAUACAAAAACAAGUAGAGGGUGAGGCUGUUACCGUGAAAGAAGAAGAGAAAGACGUUACAGAGAAUGACACCUUCAGAGUGAAAGAGGAGGAGGAUGUUACCGUGAAAGAAAAGGAGGAUGCAAUGAUAGAAGAUGAAAACGUUUUUGGAGUGGAGGAUGAAGUGAAAGAAGAUGAAGACGUUUUUGGAAUGAAGGCUGAAGAGGGGGAGAUUACUGUCACAUUAGAGGAGGACGAAGAAGAGAAGACUGGAGAACUGAUUAACACCAGUAAAUACAGAGAGAGAUGUGAAUAUCGUGGAUACUCUGGGGAGCCUCAACAACAUCAUGAUGCUGACGAGGCAGAGAAGAGUCCCUCCAGAUCAGGACACCUCAAGAAACACCAGCAGAGACCCACAGGAAAGAAACCUCAUUGCUGCUCUGACUGUGGGAAACGUUGCAAAUCUUCAUCAGAACUUAAAAAUCACCAGUGAGUACACACAGGAGAGAAAUCGUAUAACUGUGAUCAAUGUGGGAAGAGUUUUACUCAGUCAGGCUCCCUGAAAUCACACUGGAAACUACACACAGGAGAGAAAUCUUAUAGCUGUGAUCAAUGUGGGAAGAGUUUUUACUAAAUCUAGCCAUCUGACUAGACACCAGCGAGUACACACAGGAGAGAAAUCUUAUAGCUGUAGUCAGUGUGGGAAGAGAUAUUCUGGUAAAAGAUCUCUGAUCAAACAUCAGAAAAAACAUACAUGAAGGAGUUGAAUUUUAAAAAUCAUGAUAUCAAUGAAAUAAUGUCACAAUGUAGAAUGGUUUAACAUUGUAGUAGGAGUAUUUUAAUGAUGUCACAAUGUAGAACCCUAAAUGUUUGUUCCCUGUUCAAUUGAUUUCAACAUGAUAUGGAUAUUAGCCUCAAGGGAAAAAUCCAGGCUCCGAAUUGAAAGAGUUACUAUUUAUGUUAUUUAACAAAAAGUGACUAACAAAAAAAAGUUUUGUUACACUUACCAUGUUGGUGACCCACUUGAAUCAAAAUGCAACACUUCAAAAUGUAGCUAGCUGUUUUCUACAAAUUGUCCUCUAACCAGUGAUGUACACAUUAUUCCCAGAUUCCGUGUGGUUUUUGAGCUGUUAGUUUUAACAGGACGUGCAACUUCAUCUCCCUUCUGUCACACACAUUAUUUUGAUGAGUUAUGACAAACAAGUGUUGUGUUCCUUUGUUCAAUGACCCCUACAUUUAAUUGUAUCACUCCCAAAUGUAGCUGACUGGCUUCUGCAGGUUGUCCUCUAACCAGUGAGGUAAAAUAUUUAUCCCGCUUCCAUGUGUUUUGUUUAGUUGUUAGUUUCAACAUCACGUACAACCUGAUUUCCCCCCUAAUCGAUAUCAGUGAUUUAUUGCUACUUGUCAAAACAACAGUGUUUUUGGUGCUUGUGCAGUUUAUAAGGUGCUUGUUUAAAAAAAAAAUACAAGUAAAAUUAUUAUUGUGGCAGAUGUUUGUGUAUACAGUAUGGCCCAUUUUAUGUUUAGGUUUUCAAUAUAUCACAAACUGUUUCUGCAUAUUGGUUAUUGAUUUGUACACGUUAAAACUGUGUGUUGACGUUGGGCUAUCCCACCUAGCAAAAUGUAAUUGAAAGUACUUUGAAAAAAGGACUAUGCAACCAAAUAUUUUAUAUUUACAUUUCAUAAUCAACAUUUAGUAAUCAUAAUUAUUUAUGUAACCAACUGACAAUUUUGGGUACAAUUAUAUUGACAUUGUUGCCCUGCUUUGAUAAAAUCAGUGUUAAUUCUCAGAUGUGCCAACCCAAAUGUACUAGAGCAUGACAUUAGGGACUGGUCCCAGAUCAAACAACAUGCCUAUGGAGUGAACCCUGAAAAGAGAGAGAAGCUCCGCAGUGAGGUGGAAAGUUACUACGGAUAUUGCAGGAGUUUCCUCUUGAAAUCAGACAACUUGGUUGCUGAUUUUCUCAAGGGUGGGCAGUCAAAUAGUUUUGCGUUUAGCCAUUGCGUUGCCAUGGAUCACAAUUUAUUUUGACUGCUAGUUUUUCCUUAUUGGAGAUGAGUUUUGUUUGGGCUGUUCCAAGGGGACGAGAGAGUUCUCGAAGCUAGUGAGUUUUAGGGAGAGGAGAGUUCUUGAAGCUUGUGGGGAAAAUAUUUUUCUAUAGAAAGAAAAAGGAGAAAAGAUACGAUUGUAUGUUAUUAUUUAGAAAUGUGUUUUCUUGUUUUUAAAUUCUUGA